AUGUGGAUUACGGUAUCGAUAGGACAGUGGCUUUGCCGCAAAUUCGUUAUGCGUGUGUGCAUACAUAUCAAUGUCAUAACUAAUCUGGAAUAUGCGGUAGAGAGAGAAGGGGCCGGCCGGCCACUCGAGGAGGACAUGACCGAUGAGAGGCCGGCAUCGUGCCGUGCAGAAUCCAUUUAUUACAUCUUCGCACAUUUGAAUAUUCGCACCGACAAUACGCAGACUGUUCGUGCAGAAGAUGCCAGUGAUAUCCCGGAAAGUGCAUUUGAAAUAAAAGUGUGA